AUGUUUUACUCACCCCCAAAUGUCAAGAAACUAUCGUCAUCAUCAUGGUCUACAUGGAGUUAUGGCUGGCGUUCCUCCGAUACGUUUAUUCUUAGCAGCAUGUCGAUGGCAUUGUUCACUGAUGAAAUGCUCUUCGCCUUCAUGGUCCCACUCCUUCCGCACAUCUUCGAAACCCGUCUAGGGCUGGAUACAACCAUGACCCAACGACUGACAUCCGUCUUCCUAGUCGAAGGUGCUUUGAUAUCGAUCGUUUCAAGUCCAUUGAUUGGGGAUAUAGCCGACCGAGCCAGCUCCAAAAAGGUACUACUGCUGGUGCUGCUGGUACUGACCCUGAUCAGUGUGUUGUGUCUUUCAGUAACUACAUCCUUGACUUGGCUAUUCAUAGGUCGCUUUUUCCAAUGUAUCGUUAGCAACGCAUUAUAUAUCGUCAGCAUUGCCACCAUGGCAGAAAACAUAGGAUCGGAACACAUGGGCAAAAUAGCAGGGUUGAGCGCAACGAUUACUGCGGCAGGAACUUGCUCUGGUCCUGUGAUUGCCGGAUUUCUGUUCGGUCUUGGGGGUUAUUGGACAGCAUGGGCUGGCGCAACUUUAUUUCUUAUCGUCGAUAUCAUUAUGCGUCUUCUAAUGGUCGAAAAACCACAGAAUCGCCGUGGGACUGGGCAAACGCAUACUCGGUCUCUCUGUGUGGAAGACCAUGGAGAUAACGCGGAGCGAGAGCCGCUUCUGAAUGGGAGCCGGUCCUCGUCGGUUGAGGAAAUCGGCGGUUGGCGCUUCUACAUGUGUCUUUUCCGUCAGCCUCGAUUCACAGCAGGAAUCAUCUGUUAUUUUGUGUUUGCGCUGUUUAUCGCUAGCUUUGAGUCUACGCUUGCGAUGCAUGUCCGCCAUACUUUUGGCUGGGGCGUGUUCCCAGUUGGGCUCUUGUUUGCGUCCAUUCAAGGACCAGGUAUGAUUCUGUCGCCUUUGGUUGGGUGGUUGAAAGACCGUGUGGGAUCGCGCGUGCCCACUACAAUUGGGUUCAUCUCCGUUGCGCCAUUUUUGUGGCUCCUUGGUGUGGCAGGCGAUGCACGGUUUCCUUGGGCUAGUUUGGGAACGAGAGGAAAAAUAAUUUAUGGCAUUUGCACCACCAUGUUUGGGUGUUUGAUGUGCUUACUGAAUGGAGUUGGGACAAUGGAAGCGACUGAAACGGUUGAUGAACUCGAGGACCAGAGCCCGGGAAUAUUCGGACCCUACGGGGGUUAUUCCCGUGCUGUCGCUAUCACAAAUAUGAGCUGGAUGUCUGGUCUCCUAGUUGGGCCUAUUCUGGCUGGAUUUAUGGUGGAAAAAUUUGGAUAUCUUGAGCUGCAGUGUGUCCUUGUGGUUAUUUCCUUGCUGGCUAGCGUUAACGCUGCAUUUAACCUUAGUUUAGCUAGCCCUGCAAAGGAUGAUUGUGAUGGUGAUGUAAGAGAAGAUGGUCCAUGA